AUGCUCGAGCUCCACAGAGCAUCAAAACACUCACACCCUGUCAAGGGAUCAGCGACAGGUUCUGUCAGCAAGGCUCGAGCUCGACAGAGCAUUAACACGCUCACACCCUGGCAAGGGAUCGGCAACGGAUCAGCGAGGCGCGAGCUCGACAUAGCAUCAACACACUCACAAACUGUCAAGGGAUCAGCGAUGGGUUCGGUUAGCGAGGCUCGAACUCGACAGAGCAUCAACACACUCACACCCUAUCAAUCGAUCAGCGAGGCUCGAGCUUGCCAGAUCAUCAACAUACUCACAGGCUUUCGAGGGAUCAGCGACGGGUUCGGUCAGCUAGGCUCAAGCUCAACAGAGCAUGAACACACUCACACCCUGCCAAGGGAUCAGCGACGGGUUCGGGAUCGGCGACAGGUUCUGUCAAUGAGGCUCGAGCUCGAUAGAGCAUCAACACACUCACACACUCGAUGUGUUCGGUCAGCGAGGCUCGAGCCCGACAGAGUAUCAACACACUCACAUACUGUCAAAGGAUCAGCGAUGCAUUCGGUCAGCGAGGCUCGAGCUCGACAGAGCAUCAACACAUUCACAUACUUGUAGUUUGCGGAAACCAUCUACCCAAAUUGUUUACAAUCUGG